UUAUAGAGCUUGCUUUUUCCCUCAAUGACAACACGGCAAAUUAAGUACACUUAACGCAUACAUUUAUACUUAAUCUUGUCAAAAUGGCUCGUACAAAGGCCGCCAUCAACCCAACCAUCGCCGUGACCUACGGCAACGGGCCGACGAAGAAGGAGAAGGAGGAGGAGGAAAAGGACAAAGAAUCUACUGAUGAUGCCAACAACCCAGACGAGGAAGAGGACGAGGACGAGGACGAGAAGAAGUCCGACCUCCCCGUCGGCUCCGUAUCAGAAGUCAAGAACAUCUACCGGUCCCAGAAAGACUCGGACGGCAACUGGACCUGGGUGGACAAGUACCCUGAGGACGCCCAGGAGCCUGCCGAGAACGCCGUGACAGACACGUACGCCGUGCUGGUGCGCAACGUCAAGAGCCAGGAUGGGCGCAAGAAGCUCGAGGCGCACUCCAUCGUUGUCCAGAGCCCCUGGCUGCGGCAGGCACUGGGUGAAGUCAUCCUUAAGGACUAUCCCGGCGUGGCGUGCGAGCUGGACAGACUCACGUUCGAGGCACCGUUCAAGCCUUUUGUGCACCGCUGGACGAACCUGGUGGAGUAUAUGCAGCGUGAGGACCUUGAGGAGAAGACAAAGGAGCACCUGGUGAUCCUACAUGACAUUCUCAAAUAUGAGAUUGGGGAUAACAUCAAGGCAUAUGAGGAUUAUGUCGUGAAGGGCGUUAUCACCUUUCCGCACCUCUGGAUGAUCUUCCAGCCCGGCGCCGUCAUCCUCGCAGCACACAAGGGCCCUCUCUCGGCUUUUGAGCUGAACGAGACGGAAUACAUGUCGAACCAGUGUGGCCAAUUCCUGCGCGUCAGUGCAGACUGCGUCGACUACAGCGGCAAGGAGUUUGGGCGCCAUACAGAGAGGAUCAGCGUGCCCGAGUUUAUCGGCACAAAGAAGAUCACCAGCCUCAAUGCUUUCCCCUUGGUCUUCCAUGAGGCCAGGACUUCCAUUGUGGAAAAGCUCGUGAAGAGAGGCCAGCUCUUUGAGAACCUGGCAGGCCACCACUACAAGGCCUACGACGGGACGGCCAUCACCUGGGACCGACAGGGCGAGGAGAUGCCCAUCCCCAUCAACGGGCGCAUCGUGGUCGACAUCCAGUCCUUCAACCGCAACAACAUGUUCCGCAAGCGCUGGCUCAGCGACUGGAGCGCAAAGGACCUCGAGCGCCUCCAGGAGCACAAGAAGACUCACGGCCUGACCGACAAGGGCCACCUGAGACUCACGCCCUACUACCAGAUGCUGGCCAGCUCGCGCACCCGCGGCUACUCGCUGAAGCGCAAGAUGUGGCUCGAGUUCUAUGUCGAGCAGGUCGACGAGAUCCAGUGGAAUAACGACGCCUUUGACAAGCUCGUGCUGCCAGAGGACCAGAAGGAGCUCGUCCUGGCCUUCUCAGAGUCGCAGCUGGAAGGGGGCGCCACCUUCGACGAUGUCAUCUCUGGCAAGGGCAAAGGAAUCAUCUGCCUCCUGUCUGGCCCGCCUGGCGUUGGCAAGACGCUCACCGCGGAGGCCGUGGCAGAGAACCUCCGCGUGCCCCUGCACACGCUCAGCUCGGGCGAUCUCGGCUCGCAGCCGUGGGAGGUCGAGAAUGGCCUGUCGCAGAUCCUCGAGCUGGUCGCCCGCUGGAACGCCAUCCUGCUCCUGGACGAGUGCGACGUCUUCCUCGAGGCGAGGUCCACCUCCGACCUCGAGCGCAACAAGGUCGUCUCCAUCUUCCUGCGCACCCUCGAGUACUACGAGGGCAUCCUGUUCAUGACCACCAACCGCGUCGACAACAUCGACGCCGCCUUCCAGUCGCGCAUCCACGUCUCCCUCGAGUACCCUGAUCUGACCACCGAGUCGAGGGCGCAGAUCUGGAGGAACUUCAUUGGUGGCUUCAAGGAGAAGCCCGAGAUCACCGAGGAGGAUGUCAAGGAGCUGGCGCAGAUGAAGUUGAACGGAAGGCAGAUCAAGAACAUCCUCAAGACGGCACAGCUGCUGGCCGCGCGCAAGAAUACCAUACUCAAGCGCAGCUUCAUCGAUACCGUGUUGGCGAUUGAGAAGCGUCGGCCAGCGGACCCAUUCCCUUGA